ACAGAUUUCUUUCGAAGGGCACGAUUUCAGUUUUCAAGGACUCCGUUGUGACCGCCGAUGCCCCGCGCUCGCUCGUGCUCGCGUUCACGCGUGCUCGGUGCGGACAAAGCCUCGCGCGAUCGCGCUCCCGUGUCGUUAUCUCGCUGCUCGAAGCUCGUGAUACUUUCGCGUUCUCGUAAUCGUGCCCGUGUUGUCGUUACGGUGUGUCGUGCGGCUGCCGAUGGCGUCGCCAACGCGACGCUACCAUCGGCGUCUGCCGAUCGCGAGCGGAGUUCCUCCGGGAUGUUUUGCGCUCCGCGCGCUUCCGGAGGCGAUCGCGUCGCAAUCGCGAGGAUCCUCGACGCGAUAUCGCUCGCGCGUAUUCGUUUCCAAGAGAGCUACCGUGUGCGAGAGCGACGGUUACGCGGUAUGAAGCGGAGCACGCAGGGAAGAGAGGAAAGCGGCGAGGAUGGCAGCCAUGAUGAAUUUGUCGGCGCGAGUGCGAUCUUCUCGCCGAUCGUGAUCCGGCGACGUUCGCGAUCUCGCUCGCAUAUAGGGCGAUCCUUAUCGUGGAAAUGCGUAAACGAAAGUGUUCAGAGACAGAAAAGACCAACGCCGACGUUCAGCCUACUAAAACGAGAGCUGCUCCUGUAGACUACUCGUUUCGACGAGCUUUUUAUUACACCGAGGUCUCCGAGAUCGAAAGCACGAGUCAGAAAGAUAAAGAGAGGAUCUUGGUCUCUGUCGGCGAGACCGUCGCAUCUUGGAGGCGGACGUCAGAUUACAACGUCGAGGUCGAAAAAUCUGACGAGCCACAUGUGCCCAGCAAUGUUAGCUACAUGUACGAGAUCCUGUCCAAGCAAGGACGCAUUUUCACGUAUGUGUGUCGAAGCUUGGGCAACAAACUGUUCAAACUGUGGUCGGUGGCGACCGACGCCAACAACGCCGCCGACGUACGUUACGUGACGAACGUCCGCAGCGUGAAUCAGACAUACUUCCGGACGUUCGGUCGCAUCAACACGAAGAAGGAGUCCACGAAAACGAUGAUCCUGGAGGGCUCGAUGAGGCGGAAGGGCCUCUCGGCGGCCGAGUCGAUCGAGCUGGACUUCCGUAAUGUGAAACAAUAUUCCGUCUUCUCCGGCCAGAUCGUGGCGGUCGAGGCGACGAAUCCGCUGGGCGACACGCUGUACGUGCGGGAGGUGUUCGCGAAGGCGUACGCGCCGCAAGCACCCACACCCAGGUUCGAAUCGAGGAUCAACGUGUACGUCGCGGCUGGUCCGUUCACCGGAACAAGCAACAUGAAUUAUCAUGCGCUGUGGGAUUUGAUGGGAAAGGUCGCGAUCGAUGAGCCGCACAUAUUGAUACUAAUCGGGCCUUUCAUCGACUAUACGCAUCCCGAAGUGGAGAACAUGACGGACACGUAUCAGGAAUAUUUUGAGAAACUUCUCACGAGACUAAUGGAAUCGACGAGGAAAAGCACGCAAGUUGUGCUGGUGGCAUCUAACCGCGACGUACAUCAGGAACCUAUAUUUCCAACUCCGCAGUACAAUAUUUUUAACGAAAAAUUCAUACAGAGUUACUUGAACUUGAAAUUAAUGCCGGAUCCUUGUAUAUUGGACGUCGAGGGCCUAAAGAUUGGAAUCACAUCGGUUGACGUCAUCAAACAUAUCGGAAAGGAAGAGAUAUCGAACAUAUCAGGUAUGGACAGACUUAGUCGUUUGGCCGAUCACGUGCUCUCGCAAACGUGUUUCUAUCCCGUGUACCCUCCGUCCGAGGACCUGAAUGUAGACACGGAAAUGUGGGAGAAGUACACGUUUUUCGACCAACAACCACAUUUGCUAAUUCUACCGUCCGACAUGCGGUGUUACUGCAAAGUGAUAAACGAUUGUGUGACAGUAAAUCCGGAACGUCUGUACAAGAAUACUUACGCCAAAUUGUGCAUUAAACCAUCUUGGGGCGGUAGAUGGAGUACUGAUAACAUCUCGUGUGACAUUGCCAAAGUUUGAUAGUCGUAAUAUUAGAGCAUUUCGCGUCUGUUUUUAAUUAAGGAUUUGAUGCAAUAACGGUUUCAUGUUUUUUUGAAAAGUUAAUUUUUUAAACGAUAUAAAAAAAGAAUUUUUCUACUUGAAAGAUUAAUAUUUUUAUGAUGCAUGCUGAAUCGUUAUUUCAUUAGACCUUUACACGUGAUUACAGAAAAUGCUGUUAUAAUGUAUAUCUAGGUAUGUUACAAUCUAAAUAGAUAAUAUUUUUACAUGAAUCGCAAUAA